CAUUCUUCGAUGUUCAAGCUGACUCCCGGCGAUGCCAACUCGCAUUUGCCAGAAGCUGAACAAGUCAACGCUACCGCUCCAGACAACCAGCAGCCGCCGUCAGAAGCCGCUGAAUCAACAGGGACUUCAGACAAUGUAGAUACCACACAGCAAAGAACCGAGGGCCAGCAGGCUCAAAAUGGCCUACCUCCAGCCCAUCAUCAAGAUCAAAAUACCAAUGGCAAGGCUCCUACUGAGAAUGGCUCUGCUCCCCAUGCCGCUUUCGAUGACACAGCAGAAAGGCCGUCCAUGGUGGACAAAGUGAAAGGAGUGAUGAGCGGAGGAUUCUCAAAGAAUAAACGCCCACAGCUGAAUACCAGAGACUUGACGUUUUGGGACAGUGAUCUCAACUCGGAAGAUAUGGAUACCACCAGCAUUAGCGAUCUUCGAAAAACCAAGUCUAAUACUUCUCAAACCCGUCGCAAAAAAUCCAACGCCGCUGCUCGAUCUGACAACCGAAACAGCGUUGGUGUUGCUUCUCUCCGCUCGUCUCUUUCUGGACGCUCCAAGCCCUCGGAGAAUGCAAAUUCGAUAGAAAUGAAUGAGAAGAAGGACGUCGACAACAGGGAACCCAACAAAAAUGAGGGUGCUACUGGUGAUGCUUCGACCUCCUCUGCUGUCAAUUUCAGUGAGAAGACCAUGGAUCAGCCUGACGAUACCUCAACUCAGCCAUCAAAGAAUGCGGCAAAUAGAUGGGGCAAACUACGAAACACCAUCCGAUUUCAGAAUCAGCUCCAAUCUAAAGGUCGUUCAAACACGGACGCUCUUCGUGAAGCCAAACGUAAUAGAACUGGAGCAGACGUUAUUACGGAAAACUUGCUCAAUAUUCAGCCUGCCAUGAUUAUCGGCAUGGCUAUGCAACGUGAUGAACACAAAUCGCCAAGAAUUCCCGUUGUUUUAUCACAACUUAAAAUUCGCAUCACUGAUUCCGAAGAGCCCUUGAACCGAAGCCGAGCGACAUUCCGCAUCGAACUUGAGUACGGUGAUGGGCUAAUGAAAUGGGUCAUUCAGCGACGGUACCGAGAUUUCCUCAAUCUUCACUAUAGUUAUCGCCGCUACGAUCCCACCCGAACUCGAAUCAAGGGUUUGCCCAAGUUUCCCAAACACAGUUUGCCUUACUUUAUCGGCUAUCGAGACGACGAUGACGCCUCGUCCUCAGAUCUGGAAGACGAUGUAGAGGAUGACGACGUUGCCCGCAGAGCAUCACGAAGCGAGGAUAAUAUUGCUUUGAAGAAGUUGGCGGGUCACCUUAAUGCCGGCGACAAUGACUCUGACGACCCUCGACGACCCAACAUCAACCACCAUAAUACUUCGUUUUUCUCGUUCAGAUCCAACCACUCGGGUGAUCAUGCCGUACAACAGGCCAAAUUCUCCGCUGAACAAAGAAAGACGCUAGAGAGUUAUUUGAUAGAUCUUACUCGCUGUCUCAUGUUCCGUGGUGAAGCCAAUCGUCUUUGCAAGUUCUUUGAAAUCUCAGCUCUUGGUGUUCAACUAGCAGCGGAUGGUGGUUAUCAAGGAAAGGAAGGGUACAUGAUGGUGGAGCGUCGUAGUGAUCAGAUCCCUUCUGCGCAUCGAGCUGCUUUCUGUGGAGUACACUUCAAGAAUAUUCACAAACGCCUGACCCCCAAGUGGUUCUUGACAAGACAUAGCUAUAUUGCUUGUGUGGACGAGCCUGAUUCUUCGAUCAUUUAUGAUGUUCUUUUAGUGGACAGCGAAUUCAAAGUUGAACGCCACAGAAAGCAUGCUAAUACCCUUGAGGUUCAAAACUCACAGCGAGUCAUGCAUCUUCGGGCCAAAAACGAAACUCAAGCUACCCAGUUUUACAACUCUCUAAAAGAACUCGAAUCAAACUGUAUCUGGAGAACUCCCAACCAGCGCUUCGAUAGUUUUGCGCCUAUUCGCUACGACUGUAACGCACAGUGGCUCGUGGAUGGCAGAAAUUAUUUCUGGAACGUUGCAAAAGCCAUUGCCAACGCUAAGGAGGAAAUCUACAUCCAUGACUGGUGGUUGUCUGCAGAACUUUACAUGCGACGACCGGCUGCUCAUAACUUCAAAUGGAGAUUGGAUCGUCUUUUACAGCGCAAGGCCAAGCAAGGUGUCAAGAUUUAUAUUAUCAUGUACAAGGAAGUGUCUAUCACUUUGCCUCUCUACUCUCACUAUGCAAAAGAACAUUUGCUAUCUCUCUCUCCAAAUAUCUUCGUCAUGCGACAUCCUUCACAUCUUGGUAUAGCUGGCAAGACUGCUACCUUUUUCUGGGCUCACCACGAAAAAAUUUGUGUGAUUGAUAACCAUCUUGCUUUUCUCGGCGGAAUUGAUCUUUGCUUUGGUCGCUGGGAUACGCCUACUCACGUCUUGGUCGAUGAACGCGAUGCCAAACUGGACAAGAACGUCAAAAACCCCCAAAUAUGGCACGGCAAAGAUUACUCUAACCCUAGAAUCCUCGACUUCCAUACCCUUGACAAGCCUGAAGAAGACAAUAUGGAUCGUGACAAGAUUCCUCGCAUGCCAUGGCACGACAUCUCAAUGCAAGUCGUCGGCCAACCUGCUCGAGAUGUGGCCCGUCACUUUGUUCAACGAUGGAAUUUCUUGAGAUCCAAGAAAGCUCCCAAGCGUCCAACCCCUUACCUUCUUCCUAAGCCUGACUACACUCCUGCUGAGCUUAAAAAACUCAAUUUGACGGGUACAUGCGAAGUUCAAAUCCUACGCUCCUCAUCAAGCUGGAGUAUCGGCUACCGUGAUCGUGUUGAGCAUAGUAUCCAUGAUGCCUAUGUCAAGAGUAUUCAGGAAUCAGAGCAUCUGGUCUAUAUAGAGAACCAGUUCUUCGUCACUUCCACCGUCAUUGGAAACACUACGGUUGAAAAUAAGAUCGGUGAUGCUUUGGUGGAGCGUAUCCUUCGUGCUCACGAGCAGGGUGACAAAUGGCGUGCCAUUAUUGUCAUUCCCCUGGUACCGGCUUUCCAGUCCAAUGUCGACGAACCUGACGGUAUGUCAAUUCGUAUGAUCAUGAUGUGCCAAUACAGAUCCAUUUGCCGUGGCGAACAUUCUAUCUAUGGUCGCUUGAAGGCUAAGAACAUCAAUCCUGACGACUAUAUCACGUUCUACUCUCUUCGCAACUGGGGAAGUCUCGGUGGAGAGUUCGUUACGGAACAAGUGUACAUUCAUGCUAAGACUAUGGUUGUUGAUGACCGUAUUGUUAUUAUUGGAUCUGCCAAUAUUAAUGAACGCUCUCAGAGAGGCAAUCGUGAUUCUGAAAUUGCCGCUUAUGUGCGUGACUCCAACAUGGUUGAAUCUCGUCUGGGUGGCAAGCCCUAUCAAGUCGGCCACUUUGCUCACACCCUUCGUCUUCGUCUCAUGCAAGAACAUUUGGGUGUGGACGUGGAUGCCAUCGAAGUUGAACAAAUCCAAAAUGGUGACAUUGAUUACGUUCAAUUUGGAAGCGACGAGGAGGAGGAAGAUGACGAGGAGGAUCAAGGCAAUGAUGGCCGUGGUCAGGAGGAUGAAGCUGUCGAAAACGAAGCUAGAAUGGACAAGUCUCUACAUGACAUCGGUGAAAACCGCAGUGACCGCUCUGGAGAUGCCUUUGAUCAUGAAAAGCGUGGUGAGAACGAACCAACUGACGAAGAUUGGCCCAAGGUUCCCGUUGAAGGCGAUUGGGAUGAAGGCGAAGCCAAAGCAAGCAACGAAAGAACAGCUGAAAAGCAAGAAAAAAUGUCCGACCAGUUUGCUUCAGGUGCUGGAAAACGUGUGGGACCUGCUCAUGAAACAGAAAACAAGGACUCGGCUCAGGGUACACAAGCUGGUCCAACAGACAGACAAUCUUCCAUGUCAGCACCAAAUGAGCACCGGUCGGAGGCUGUACGUGUUGUGCCUCCAACUGACCCAUCUUUCAACGAACAGUCUGAAGCUGACGCCAGUGCACCAUCUCAAACCAAGCCAGGAAAUGACCAGUCUCCAGCUUCUGAACAACAGCAGGCAAGCUCACAACCGCUAUCUCCGGUACCUAGCAACACUUCAACGGCAGCAGGACUUGUGUCACAUAUCAACGUGGAUCAAAGUAACAUCUUGACCCAAGAUAACAGCAGCACAUCCUCGCAAAAACAACAGCAGCAGGAAGCACGCGUAGCAAGUGACCGAGAAAAGGAACAGAAAUUCUGGAAGAGCGUCCAAAUGGAUGAUGUCAGUACGGAUCCUCUGCCCAGCCUUGAUAUUGAUCUCCUUAUGGACCCUCUGGAUGACGAUUUCUUCAUCCAUCUCUGGCAGCGUACCGCUAAUCACAACACGGAUUGUUACCGCCGAGUCUUCUUGGCCGUCCCAGACGAUAAUGUAACUACAUGGGCACGCUACAAGGAGUUCAAGGAAAUGACGGAGAAAGGUUUGAUGGGACACCACGACCUCUCUGACCUCCAUGGCUCUCAUCAUGCAGCGAAUGUUGCAGAAGGCGGUGAUAUCAAAGAUGGCGAAGUCGAUCCUCGUGGCAAAGCGUUGGUUGAAACCACUGGCAAAACAGAAGAACAGGUCAAUCAACAAGUUCACCGUAUCGAAGAUAUUCUCGCUGAAAUCAGAGGCAACUUGGUCAUAUUUCCAACCAAGUUUAUGGAGGCUGAAGAUGACCGUAAUGACUUCUUAUUUAACACUGACAAACUCGCUCCCAUUGAUAUCUUUGAUUAGUACUACUUAUGAAAUACCAUCCAUUAUAUUAUUGUAAUUUAUUUUUUUACUUCUUGUAAGCGUACCCUACAUAAAAAAUGAUAGCCCUCCAAGUCCUUUUUCUCAAAAAUGGAAACGUACCACCUCUCUGC